CUGGAGGUUGGUAAUGGAAUAUGCGUAUAUUGGAACCACAUGCUCCCAUAGAAGAAAACAAAAGUGUUCUUUUAAAAGAAACAAGCUAAGGCUAUUUACGUUAAUUAUGAACUUAUGGAAUACUUACUAAAAUGGCUGGUGGAGGAAUGAUCGGGCAGUUACUAAGGAGGAAGCUUAAGACCCAGUCUACCUCCUUUGGAGCACUUGCUUUUCUUGGAGAUGGCGUGCCAGAACAUUUGAGCUUUGCAACAGCAGCAUCCUGCUAUGAGGCUGAUCAUGGGUUACAGUGUCCAAGCUACAUCUGGUCUCGCAAUGGUAAUCUCAGUUCACAUGUUCAUGCAUCGUUGACAUCCAACUUUCUACUGCAGUCAACUUAUAGUUUAAGUCGAACUUGUAAUGUUUAUAAAAGAGGUACUGGUUUAGAUGUAUGUGAAUUAAAAAUGGGACGCGGCUUUCAUUCACAGUCAUUUCAAAAGCAUUGGUUUUCACCCCUUUCUACUCGUUAUAUUGGGAGGUAUUCUUCCUUGCACAAUAUUCAGCGCAGCUACUCUACAGCUGCUAUUGAACGGAAGUCCAAAAAUAUGCUUUUCUACCUUGUAGCAUUGGUUCUUACCAUGGUAGGAUGUAGUUAUGCGGCUGUUCCUCUUUAUAGGAGGUUCUGCCAAGCUACUGGUUAUGGGGGCACUGUUCAGCGCCGUGAGAGUGUUGAAGAAAAAAUUGCUCGCCAUGCUAAAGAUGGAACAGUAACUACAAGGGAUAUUGUUGUCCAGUUUAAUGCUGACGUAGCUGAUGGAAUGCCUUGGAAGUUUAUUCCAACACAGAGAGAGGUAAGGGUAAAACCUGGAGAAAGUGCACUUGCAUUCUAUACUGCUGAAAAUAGAAGUUCAACUCCAAUUACUGGUGUGUCUACGUACAAUGUUACACCUAUGAAGGCCGCAAUCUACUUCAAUAAAAUACAAUGCUUUUGCUUUGAAGAGCAACGUCUCCUUCCCGGGGAGCAGAUCGACAUGCCUGUGUUCUUCUAUAUUGAUCCUGAGUUUGAAACUGACCCAAAAAUGGACGGCAUCAACAAUUUGAUUCUAUCAUACACUUUUUUCAAAGUCUCAGAAGAAUAGGUGAAUGAACACCGAACAGGGGUUUAGAUAUCCAAUUUUUUGCCAUUGAUAGAGAAUUGUCCAAGAAAGAAAAUCGUUAUUGAGAUUCUAUCAUAUGCCAUUACUUCAGAUCAUGGAAAUAAUAGAAAUUCGAGAUUGAGAUAAUUUGAGGGACUGAUGAUUGAUUAUUGUCCAAUGCACCACAUUUUCAUGAAGUAAUUAUCAUAAUAAUUUGAAAGUGGAAAUUGUCAA